CGUUUCUUGCAUUUAUUACUUAUUUGUAGGAUCGAAGCAGCUCAAUGUCCGGAUGUUGUGGUAGCUCAAAUUGACCCAAAGAAGUUGAAAAGGAAGCAAAGUGUGAAUGUUUCUCUUUCAGGAUGCCAGCCUGCUCCUGAAGGAUAUUCUCCCACACUUCAGUGGCAACAACAACAAGUGGCACAGUUUUCAUCUGUUCGACAAAGUGUGAUCAGACAUAGAAAUCACUGGAAAUCACAACAGUUAGACAGUAACGUGACCAUGCCAAAAUCUGAAGAUGAAGAAGGCUGGAAAAAAUUUUGUCUGGGUGAAAGGUUAUGUGCUGAAGGGGCUGUUGGACCAGCUACAAAUGAAGGUCCUGGAAUCGAUUAUGUGCAAAUUGGUUUUCCUCCCUUGCUUAGUAUUGUUAGCAGAAUGAAUCAGGCAACAGUAACUAGUGUCUUGGAGUAUCUGAGUAAUUGGUUUGGAGAAAGAGAUUUUACUCCAGAAUUGGGAAGGUGGCUUUAUGCUUUAUUGGCUUGUCUUGAAAAACCUUUGUUACCUGAGGCUCAUUCACUGAUUCGGCAGCUUGCAAGAAGGUGCUCUGAAGUAAGGCUCUUAGUGGACAGCAAAGAUGAUGAGCGGGUUCCUGCUUUGAAUUUAUUAAUCUGCCUGGUUAGCAGGUAUUUUGACCAACGUGAUUUAGCUGACGAACCAUCUUGAUGUUGCUGGUGUCUCAGGGAGAGAAGAUACCUGUGAUGAAGGCAGCCUGAGUCUUGAGGAUGUAGUGACAAGUGAGAACUGAAUCACAUCUUCAACAUUAUUUGAAGGGUCUUCAUCUUAACCUGUGCAUCUCAAGUUGACAUUCAGAAGAUAAAUUGUAUUGAUUUGAGUAUCUUAAGUAUUCUUUGGAAAAUCCCAACCAGCCAGUUUUUGAUGAACAGUUUAAACAGUUUUCUGUUAUUACAUGCUUUUAAAACAAAUUGAGUGCCAUUUAUUGAUGAAGCAUCCCGUUCAGAAACUGUAUGAUGAAAUUUUACAGAGAUCCUUGGUGCUUUUUCAUUGUUUCUUUACAUAAAUACACAUAAACUCUUA